AUGUAUCUUACAUUCCAGUAUGGCCCCUCGUGCAGGAAGAGGGUGGUAAUCCGGCGGCUUCCUCCCGGUCUCACCAAGGAGCAGCUGGAGGAGCAGCUACACCCUCUGCCCGCACAUGAUUACUUUGAAUUCUUUACUGCUGAUCUCAGUCUUUAUCCUCAUCUCUAUUCAAGAGCGUACAUUAACUUUAGAAACCCUGAUGACAUCCUGCUUUUUAGAGAUCGUUUUGAUGGAUAUAUCUUCAUUGACAGUAAAGGCCUAGAAUAUCCUGCAGUGGUAGAAUUUGCUCCAUUCCAGAAGAUAGCCAAAAAGAAGCUAAAGAAAAAAGAUGCUAAAACUGGAAGCAUUGAAGAUGAUCCAGAAUAUAAGAAGUUUUUAGAAGCUUACUGUGUGGAGGAGGAGAAAACUAGUGCCAAUCCUGAAACUCUUCUGGGGGACAUAGAAGCAAAGACAAGAGAACUUAUUGCUAGAAGAACCACGCCCCUUUUGGAAUAUAUUAAAAACAGAAGAUUAGAGAAGCAGAGAAUUCGAGAAGAAAAGCGAGAAGAACGGAGGAGGAGGGAGUUGGAAAAGAAGCGCUUACGGGAAGAAGAGAGGAAGAGGAGGAGAGAGGAGGAAAGAUGUAAGAGAAAAGCGGCAGACAGGCCAAAAAGAAGUGCGGAGAAAGAAGUAAGGAUUCAGCUUCUCAAGAAACCAGAAAAGGGGGAAGAACCAAGCACUGAGAAAGCAAAAGAAAGAGGAGAGGAAACUGACCCUGGAGAUGGGAAACGGGAACUGUGUCCCAGCCAUGCAGGCGUGAAGUCUGUGCCCUUGGAGAGCUCACGGGAGGAGCUCAGGGAAAAGUCACAAAACGACAGUGAUAAAGAGCAAAGGGAUGCAGAAAGAAGAUGCCGGGAACAAGAACUUGAAGCACAGAGACACCACCUGGACGACAGCAGGAAGCAGAGAGCUCACUGCGAGCUGGACAGGCUUUCAGGAAGAGGCAAUGAAGAGACGAAGUCAGGGAAAGGCUUCGCCCCAGACAGAGGGAGGGCAGGGAGCCAGGACUGGGGCGCCCCCAUGGAGCAGAGGAGUGAGGACUGGCUGGUGGCCAGAAAGGAGCGCAUGGGAAACAAGGACCGGCCAGCGGUGCAGCUGUACCAGUCCAGAGCGUGUGUCCGAGCCCGCGAGUGUGAUGGAAGACCCCUCGAGGAGGGCCAUGUCAGGAAGAGGGGUGAGGUGGAAGAUUCCACAGAGGCUGGACCCCAGAAGAGCGAAGGGGCAGACUGAGCAACGUGCGCAUUUGUGACGGUGGUGAGAUCCCUUCGGCAUUCUGUGGAUUCGAGGAGGCAUUUUGGAAGUGUAUAAAUUAGCCCUGAAUAAAGCGAGCAAGGUGAAUUUACCCCUUAUAAAGAAAUGAGAAACCAGAACUAUUAAUGUGGCUUAGAAACCAUUCUUAAGGAGCGAUCUUUUAAAAAUUUGAAUAGUUUACAUAGAUUUUACCGUUUUUAGUACAGACUAGUAUAUAUAAUACAACUAAUACAGGAAAAAAAACCUCCUUUAGGAAGCAGAAAAGUAUGACUAAAACAGGGAAGAAGACUAGUAUCUAAAGCACCUUAAACAUAACUUGGACUUUGCGUUUCACACAUUCGUAAGCAAGGGUUCUGUUGGGGUCUGUAUCUCAUCGUGCUUUUUGUUGGUUUUCUGUGAGCUGUGGUUUCUGGAAAGUGAGCAGCUGUCAUUCCGCUAUAGCCGUUGUGCCCCAUCCCCCCUGCGCACCUCUGUCAUGGCCCCUGACAGCAUAGUGUUGUAACCCCUGUGAUGGGAACUCUUAAGUGCAGCAUCUGUGGGUUUCCUCUUUGCAGUCUGAGGCAGUUUAUUUUAAAAUAGUAAUGUAGCUUUCUGCAACUGUGCAUUUCAUAGUACUUUUUCCUUCUAGUGAAUAUUUUAAAUGUUCAUGUGUUUUUGGUGCUAUGCCAGUUUAUUAAAUAAAAAUUUUAGUUACUAUGAAUGUGAACUCCAGUUAUGGUACCUUUCCUACAUAGAAUUGUAUGUAACAAAAUACCGCUUUUUAAAAAUGUAGCUUCAAUCAUCUGACUAUUUUGCUGGUUAUGUCUACUCCUUAUAAAAUAUAAAAUGUUUACCAAAAA